ACUGCGGGAUCACUAGUACUCGUAAAUACGACAAGUCACUAAACAAAAUCUACCUUCAUAAUAAAUAAAUGAAAACACUAACAGUCAAUAUAAAUUCUGGCGGCGUGUAUAGUUUGACGCCAUUACGGUUUGACGUUUGAAAGCUGACGCAACAAUGACGGGUCGCGGUAAAGGCGGGAAAGGCUUGGGGAAGGGAGGCGCGAAACGGCACCGGAAAGUUCUCAGAGAUAAUAUUCAAGGAAUAACGAAGCCUGCCAUUCGAAGAUUGGCGCGACGCGGCGGCGUCAAACGUAUAUCCGGCCUGAUUUACGAGGAAACACGCAGCGUUCUAAAGGUUUUUCUCGAGAACGUUAUCCGGGACGCGGUUACUUACACAGAGCACGCUAAAAGGAAAACCGUAACAGCCAUGGACGUGGUCUACGCUUUGAAGAGGCAAGGGAGAACGCUGUACGGUUUCGGCGGGUGAAGCUAUUUUUUUUUUUAAAUAAAUAAAUUUAUCUAUUGCUGUUGUUUUUUUUUGUCUCGUUACUGACAAAGGCCCUUUUCAGGGCCGCA